AUGAAGGUAGUGUGCGUUUCGGAUACGCAUGGAUUACACGAGGACGCACUUGCUAUUCCACGUGGUGAUGUAUUCAUUCAUGCAGGUGAUUUUACAGACACGGGUGAACGACAUGAAGUUGUAGCAUUUAAUCAGUUCCUAGGACGGCUACCACAUCGAUAUAAACUUGUAAUAGCUGGCAAUCACGAAUCAUCGUUUGACCGUCACUUUUACCCGAAAUAUUGGCACCAAUAUGGACAUCAACAACAGUAUGAUCCAAAUGAAGUACGUGCGCUACUUACGAACGCUCUGUACUUGGAAGAUGAAGCAGUACUUAUUGAGAACUACCUUUUUUAUGGUACACCCUGGCAACCGGAAUUUUGCAAUUGGGCAUUUAAUUUGCCUCGAGGUGAUCCAUUACUACGUCAAUGGAGACUCAUUCCGACGGAUACCGAUGUGCUCGUGACACAUACGCCUCCAAUGGGUCACGGAGACCUCGUUGGUUGUCAACGCGUUGGCUGCGCCGAUCUGCUGCAUGAAGUGGAAAAUCGAGUGCGACCCAAGUUGCAUGUGUUUGGACAUGUGCACGAAGGCUACGGACGCAGUACCAGCUCCGAUGGAAAGAUCACAUAUGUUAACGCCUCGAUAUGCACUCACGACUACGAACCUGUCAAUCCGCCCUUCGUGUUUGAUUUGAAUGGGCCACCAAAACGAGGCUGGCCUAAGCACACGAUGCCAUUGAUGACUCCAUCGUCCUGCGAUAGUCCGAGUAUUCGUCGCAAUAUCAGUACUAAUGGCGUCAGUAGCCUCAGUAGCCUCAGCAACCUCGAUACUGGCAUGGAUGCGGUACCACCAGUCGAAGCGCAGCCCAAAGAUUAUGAUCUGAUGCUGCACGCAUGGCUACGUCUCUGCUCUCACAAACCCCCGUUUGUUGAGCGACAAGAAGUGAAAACGUGCAAAAAGAAGAGUGAGACCAAACUGCAGGAUUUUCGUGUGGACGGUACGGCCUCUGGGCUGCUUUUUGAAAGCACGUUAAAGCUGCGCCCCGUGAUGAAUGUACAAAAGCGUGCGUUGCGGUAUCUCUUUUCACAAGGGUUCCGCAGCAAUUUAGAUAAUUACCAGGGCGAGAAAGUUGACAGUCAAACAGUUGUAGUACCGAUGAAGCAAGAAGAGUCCGCGAUGAAUGCUGAAGAUGACAGUGAAGUUAGCGAGUCCACGAAAGAGCGGCGAAACUAUGGGAUCUCUCGCCGUGUUACAGUAGCCGUUUUGAAGGAUAUAGACGAGGGUAAAGAAGGAAUGGAUGAUCGUGAUCGAGAGCACGUGCAGCAGGCUCGUGUAGCUGCUGCUGCCCUUGGUAAAGCGACAAAAGCUCAGUCUCGUCGUUCCGGACGAAACAAAACACUGCAGCGCCGAUCAGCGAUACCGAAGCUUGCUUCACUAACUGAAGAGCCGAUUGAAGGCGAAACGACACCAAAUUGUACCAGUUCAGCGGGUAUAUCAGUACAGGAAGAACGAUCAAGUGAAGAUGCCGCUGUUUCGGAAACUAUCGUUGUAACCUCACGCAUUGUCGAGUGCGCGUUGUGCAAGUAUAAUGUUGCCGGUCACGUUCAUCCAGAUUUACACCCCACACUACCGCCAGCUUCAGCAAAGGUCCUUCAAGACGCAAAUGAAGAGGAAAAGGCGUCAAAUAAGUGGCAGUGCAAGACUGAAAACCCACCACCAUCCAACCGUUUAUCAUCUUGGUUCUGA